CAGGGCCUCUGUGUUCAACUCGCUGUACACUUCCUUCCCAGGGGAUGUUAUUUUAAAAGGGAAUCGCUUUGAUGACUCACCCAGCACAAAAGACCCGUACAAUUAUGUGCGAGAGUGCCUGCGUGCCGGUUAAGAGCAUAGCUGUUCUUCAUUCCUGCUUCACGGAACCCAUGGUGUCGUGCACAAGAGUCCGGUACGCCCAGAUUUCACCCGUGCCAUGCCGGCCACUGGACUUCACGCCUAUCUGCUGCUCAGCCUUCUGCUUGGGGUGAUGAUUGACACACACGUCAGAGCUGACCAAACUGAGCCAGCCGGCGUGUGCAAAUCUCUCAGAGACUAUCAAUCCACCGCAAUGACAGCCAGCACAUGCCCCCCUGUCACAGGACGUAACUUCUGCCUUCCCCGCUGUGGAGAACUGGAAGAUAAUACAGAUGGAUGCCAAAGACCAGAUACUUGCAGACCUGUAAUUCCAGAGAGUUGCCUAAAAGAUGGGUGCAAACUGUGUGAGAAUGCACAGAAUAUCACACAAGUAAACUGCACUGCAGAUGGGUGCAAACUGUGUGAGAAUGCACAGAAUAUCACACAAGUAAACUGCACUGCAGAUGGGUGCAAACUGUGUGAGAAUGCACAGAAUAUCACACAAGUAAACUGCACUGCAGAACUGAAGCUGGAAUGCAUAAGAGAUUUCCAGGUGGAGGUGAUCGCAGAUUCCUUCAGCGUGGAAGAGGGCUCCAACGUGAACAUGACCUGCAACCACAGCCUGCCUGCGGUGCACCUGUUCGUGUGGUUCCGUAACGGCAAAGUGCUGCCUGACAAAAACGACAGCCAUUAUCUACUGGCCCAGGUUCUCAAGAAAGACGAGGCAAAGUUCUCCUGUGGGGUGCUGAGUGCCUGUGGAUUCAUUGUUUCGGAAAAAAAGCCUCUCGAAGUUACAGACAACAGUGUGCUAAUCAUCAUCAUCUGUGGUGUGGCUGCGGUGGCCAUCGUGCUGUUCCUGGCUUUGCUAAUGAAGAUCAUGUUGAAGAGGGAGAGGAGUGAGUCCUGCUGUUUUUAUACUGAGCGGAUUCGUCGAGAGAUGAGUGAAUACUCUUAUACUAGGGGAUUCAUCGAGAGGGAGAUGAGGAAUAACAAAAUCAGAACGCAAGUGAACACGCCCGCCAAUACUUUCGCAAACAUCUCAUCGAUCACCUGAUUGUGGAUGGGAACAGAGAGCACCAAACCUUCACGUGUUCCAAACUGAUUCCGAUUCAAGAAGGCUUUCUUUGCGGUCAGUCCCUGUGAUUGCACAGUGGGCUCGGGGUG